CUUUGAAAUAGGUCAUCGUUUUAUAAUGAUGAAAUGUGUGUGUUGUGUUAUUUUAAUUUUCUCAGAUGAUGAUAUUUUAUUGUUUUGAAAAUGAAUAUCUUGCCACAUAAAUCCUGGCAUGUUCGUACCAAGAAAAAUAUUGCCCGUGUUCGUCGUGAUGAGGAAAAAGCACGACUUGAAGAAGAAGAACUUCAACGACGAAUUAGUUUGGCUGAACAUGAAGCUCGAAUUGAUCAUCUAAAACAUAAACAUGGUAUUGAAACUAAUGAUAAUAAACGAAAAAAUGAUACAAAUACAUCAGAAAAGUUUGAUCUAUUCAAAGAUUUCAAAGAUAAAAUUUCUGAAGAUUCAGGAAAAAAAGAAGAGAAAAAAGCUGAACAAGAAAAAUGGGAAGUUCGAACCGGAAUAUUUAGCUAUCUGGAUGGCCGAUAUAAACAUGAAAAAAAUGCCAACGAUGAAUGGUAUCUAAAAUCACAUGAAGAACGUAUGAAUAUCAAUGCCAAAAAUGAUGAUACGAUUAAAAAUGCCAAAGAUGAACGUAAUAAACGAAUGAAUGAUCCAUUGGAAAAUAUGAAAAGCUAUUUGUCAGUGAUGAAAAAGAAUGAAACAUUCAACAUGAAUGAAGUUACCCAUCCACCAAAAAUCAUUAAAGACGAGGACAUAGAUCUAGUGAGCUCAAAUCAUAAAAGAAAGAAUAAAAAACGUAAAAAGCGUAAACAUCGUCAUUCAUCAUCAUCAUCAUCAUCUGAUUCGGAUUCAGAUAAUCAAUGUAAAAAAAUUUUAUUACAAAAACUUCGAGCUGAACGUUUGGAUCGUGAACGAAGAGAACGUGAUCGUGCAAUACAAUUGAUUCAAGGACCGUCGUCGUCUUCAUCACGUUCCAUAGCGAACAGUGAUUUAAAGCAGAAAUAUAAUUCACAAUUCAAUCCUCAUUUAGCGAAGCAAAAUUUUACUUGAAGAAAUUAUCAUCCAAUAUUAAUAAUUUAAUAAGAAAGUUGAAACAAUUCAAAA